AUGAUCACACGCCCGGAUACAUUCUAUUUUUUGACGAACUGGGAACCAAAUUUUCAUUGUUCUCAUGCACGACGUGUUGGCGCUAGGGGUGACGGUGGUAAAUGGGUGUGUGAUCCGUAUCGAUUGAAAUCACGUCAUGAUUGUCUUAUUUACAGUAUCGGAUCAAGUGGCGACUUUUCAUUUGAAAUCGAGAUGAAAAAAAUCAUACCGCAUUGUGAAAUUCAUGCAUUUGAUCAAAAUUCAUAUGUAUGCCCGAUGAAUACGUGUAAGUUUCAUCAGGUUACAUUUGGUGAUGGGAUUCAGCCAAAUGGUUCGAAGAAUUGGCCAACUGUUGUUGGAGCACUGAAUCAUACGAAUCGAUUGAUUGAUAUAUUAAAAAUUGAUAUUGAAGGUGGUGAAUAUUCAUUUUUUCCUCUUCUACUGAACUCCAGUAGGAGUUCACUGCCGCGACAAAUUCUUAUUGAAAUUCAUCCGAUAAGUGUUAGUAUUAUUCAUGACUUCUUCAAUCGAAUGCGCAACAAUAAUUAUGUUAUCUUUAGCAAAGAAAACAAUCUUCUUGGUGGUCCAUAUUUUUUCGAAUAUGCUUUUCUAAAAUUAAAUUCACGUUUUUUCAUUCAGUCUCAUGAUAACAUGACACAUAGAUAA